ACUGCCUGCAGCAGGCGUCGUUUUGCGCCACUUAACCUAUUCACUGUCGUGUCAAAUUGGCCGGUUUUUUUGAUUUUAAUUUGUAAAUAAUAUAAAGAAUGAUGAAUGCAGACUCUGACUUGGAGGACGACGAGGAGGAGAUCUUGGUUUACGUCGAAUUCGACAAUUGCAUUUCGAGUGACGUUUUCAGCAAGGAAGAUCUCAAAUUGGACAUGCUCGGUCUCGAUUCCGAGCACCCUGUCAUGCAGAUCAAUGGCAAAUUCUUCGAGGGGACAUACGAGGAUGCCGUAGGGACAUAUCUAUUCUUUGAAAACGAUCUCGAGCCUAAAGUAGACGAUCCUGUUUUUGAUAAAGUACCGCGUUACAGGUAUUACAAUAAAACAAGAAAGGUUUUAAAGAUGCAGAGAGCUUUUUUGAUACCUAGGAACGAAGUCGUGGGAGACUCUGAGCAUCCGGAAUGUGUACCAAAUCUAGAAACACUCAAAGAAGCCGGUGUACCACCAAAAUAUCAAGAUCAAGCAUUGGACUUUUGGGGAGAUGCUAGAAUAAGCAGAGUGCAAGCUUUGAAUGAUUACAUGAAGAAGCAGCAACACCGACACGAAAUGAGAAUGAAAGGUUUUGAACUGGAAUCAGAAUCAGAUGAUGAUAGUCCAUUUUCAAUAUAUAAAUCAAAUUAUGAACAGCAAUUGGAAAAUGGGACAGGUAAUGUUCAAGAUCUUGAAUCGCAAGUACAGAAUUUGGAAAACGUUCUUCAAAAUACUGAUAUUGAAGAGGAAUCAAGUAUGCAGUAUAGUACAAAUUCCAGACAAAAUUUGACAGUUUUAGAUCCAGGGCCUUCUACUUCUAAAGAUAGUAUACCUUGGAACGAUGAAAAUAUUACUGAAAAAUCAAUGCCGUCUAAAAAAGUGAAAACUGUUGGAAAAGUGAAAGACACAUCUAAUAAAAAAACUAAACCAAAAAGGGUUAAAAAAGUUUUAGAUUUAAAUGAAAUCGAAGGUUACUCUGAAUAUCAAGCUAGAGUCGCAGCAGGCAUUCAAAAUGACCCUGAAAAAAUUACUGGGGAUAUUGAGAAUGGUAAUUCAGAAGAAUUAAUGCAACGAAAAUUCCUUGAGAGUAUUAAAACUGAAGAGAUGGAAGUCGAAGAAGAAAAUGCAGAGUUAUCUGAAUUGGCAUUGGCUAAGGAAUUAAAAAUGACUCCUGAGCUGAUGAUGGCUAGGAAUAAAACAAAGCGGGAAAAACGUGAAGCUAAGAUGAAGGAAAUACGGGAAAAAAACGCAAACGCUCGUCAAAGCAAGAGUUGACACAAAAAUUAUAAGAAUUAUAUUAUAUUUUAAGAACUAUUAUAAUUGUUAUAACAAUUGUGUAAAAAUAUUCUGUUUGUCGAAUAAGUAUGUGAAUGGUGUGUACAGUUCAUCUUUUAAAUCACUACUUUGUUAUGUAUUUGCUUGUUGUGUAUUUUAAAACUAUGAACUGUUUAAAAUGUUAAAUCUAUGUAAAUUAUACAAUACUAUGAUGAAAUUAUUGUGAAAGUCUAUUUUAGCGGGUAAUUUGUACCAAUAACAUGAAUUAAAAUAAUAAUCAAUUUCUACAAUUUUUAAUGAAA